AAAGUUGAGAAUGCUUUGGUAGUGCACCGACUCUCUGUGUCUGCUCAUUUAUUCUUCCAGGCCUGCACUGCAACAGAGCACACUGGGGUUUGUGAUAAAAUAAUAAAUAACUGAUAAUCUUACAGGCACAUAAAAGGAAGUUAAGACUCUUAGAAGAGUAUAUAGCUCCCAGCUCUGUUUGAUCCAGAACAGUUUCUCAGGAAGAUCUCAUCAUGUACCUGUUGGUGGUGGUCGUCUCUCUUCUGCUGAACUCUGUUCCCACUCAGAGUCGUCCUACUGAGGAUUCAGUCGAAGAGAUCUCUGGGGAGACUGGUUACAUCACUAAGAAAGGUGACAUGUCAGUGUCAACUAUAAUCCAGUCCAACAAGGAUGCAGGACAGCGAGUGGAUGAGCCCUUGAUCACAUUUGGAGACAUCGCCGUAUCAACAGGGUUCAAGAAUGCAGAUCCGUGCACAACUCGUGGAUGCAAAUGGGACCGAAGCACAGAUGGAUUAGUCUAUGUGCCAUACGUGAUCUCCAGCCAGUACACUCCACAUGAACUACAAGUGAUUGAAAGAGGCUUACGGUCCUUUGCGGAUGUUUCCUGCAUCCGAUUCGUACCACGUGAAGGGCAGAGGCACUAUCUUUACAUAAUGUCUCAUUCUGGUUGCUAUUCAUAUUUGGGGCGCCAAAGUGGAGGACAGGUUGUUUCUCUCCAGCGUCAUGGGUGUGUCUAUCACCGUACUGUUCAACACGAGCUCCUUCAUGCUCUCGGGUUCCAUCAUGAACAGAACCGCAGCGACCGCGACAAACACAUCAAAAUCCUUUAUGAAAACAUCCAACCUGCACAGAGGUACAAUUUCAUGAGAAGAGAAACCAAUAAUCUGGCAACCCCCUAUGACUACAACUCUGUGAUGCACUAUAGAAGGAAAGCUUUCUCCAGGAACAAAAAGGCAACCAUGAUUCCCAUUCCUGAUAGGAAUGUUGUGAUUGGUGAAGCUCAAAGUAUGAGCCGCAAUGACAUCCUGCGGAUUAACAGACUCUACUGCAGUUGAAGUGCUGCCAGACUGUAUGAAGGAUGUGUUUGAUGACAGUCUUCAUCUUAUUUUCAGUCAUCUUUUUAAGCUUUCCCUUUUUGCCCAUCACUGUGUUAAAUGAUUUGACUUAUUCUAUCUUAUUCAUUCAGACAUCCUUGAAAUCACACACCUCUCAGUAGCCUACAUAAACCAUAAAGAUAAUACUAUGUUCCAGUACAAGAAGUUUGUGACAAAUAAACAAAAGUUGCAAAUAGUGUGAACUCAAAAAGCUCUUUAAAGCUAGUUAAAAUGUUAAAAAAAAAAUUCAACUCCUAUGAUUGAUGGCUUCUGUGAGAGAACUGUUGUUGUUUUUUUAACCAAUUUAUAAUUUAGAAAAGCUUUUCUAUUUCUCAUUCUUGGCUUUUGGUAAUCCUUUUGCAAUAGUAAAACUGGUGAAUGCAAUCAA